UGAGCCCAGGCUCUGUGCAUGCAUCGGCAGCAGGCUCUUCUCUAAGGGCAUGAACCACCAGUACACACGCCGUGAGGUCUUCUGCGGGAACACCUGCCACGACCUCACGUGCUUCUGGGAGCGGGAGAUCCGCAAGCAGAUGUGGCGCCGGCAGUCGGAGGAGCACCGCCUGGGCCGCAGCGCCCUGAGAAAGCUGCGGGAAGAAUGGAGGCAGAAGCUGGAAUCCAAGCUGGGGCUGCGGAGCCCAGAGCAGACAGAGAAGCGGCAGAGCCCCAGCUGAGCGGCAGCCCCUGCACCCGUCUACCCGAGAGUCCCUGCGUCCCCGACAGCGGACCCAGGAGAGGGCUGCCCUUCCAUCUGGCCCAAGCCCUUCAGGGACAUCGGGGCGCUGCCCACUGUCCCGGCUCCACCCUGGGUUCCCGAGCCAGCUUCACUCACGGAAUCUUCUGAUUUUGGAAUCUGCAUACUUUUAAUUCCUGAGCGCACCGAGAGGGGUCCAAUCUCGUGCCAGGCUCACCCACCACAGGGCAGCCUCAUUCAGUCCUUUCUCCUGGAAAAUCCGGUUUCCUGCAACCCCUUCUGUUUGCUUUGUAGGGAGAGAGAAACGCCCCUACCUGUAGAA